AUGGCGGUCGUGGCGGCUGCCAAACGCAUCGACUUCGUCCUAUCGCUCGGGGAUAACUUCUACUUCAAGGGCGUCCGUUCGGUCGACGACCGGCGUUUCAAGAGGACAUUCGAGGACGUGUACUCCGCGCCAUCCCUUCAAGUUCCAUGGCUCAUAGUGGCUGGAAACCACGACCACGACGGCAACGUGUCGGCUCAGAUCGAAUACAGCAAAAGGUCAAAGCGCUGGCACUUCCCCUUCUACUACUACAAUAGGACCUAUCAGAUCCCUGGUGCUGCCAAUCACACUUUGGACAUUUUGAUGCUGGAUACGGUGUUGCUGUGCGGAAACACGGAUCCCGAGGACGAGGAGUCUCAGCCUGCAAACAGGAACGAGGCACUCUACAAUCGACAGUUCCGAUGGAUCGACAAAAACCUCGCACAAUCCAAGUGA